AUGCUUGCCAGCGAUUCCACCUAUGGCCAUAUUAUCAGAUCAUCAUAUGCUGCUGUUGCCAUUUCUGAGCAUGGCCACAAGGUCGAGAAGAACAACAAUCAGGGGGCCCUGACAGCAGGGCUGUCACCAUUGGUGAUGUACGACCCCAGGUGUGGCCAGGGUGCAAGUGGUUGUUCCAGUUCAAUGUGGGCUGCGCAAUACCAUUCCAGACCAGCACAGACAGGUAUUGGUCUAUUCAGCUUCUACCGACGAUUUAUCUCCUUCUUUGCUCGUAUCAUUGCGCCAUUACAGAAGGUCAAACACUUGGAUUUUCCGGAAACCCAAAGUCAGGACGCGCCCGGAAGAAGUGGGCCUCUAAAACAACUACAAGAACUGCUCAUGUCUCAAGAGAAUGCAACUGAACUGCUUGCUAAAGUGCCAGGCGCCUGUCUUAAAGUUACCAGACUUUGA